GUGCAACACUGCCUUUAUGAUCCUCUAACACUGAAGUGUUUUUCUAACCAGGCUACUCAUGGCUACAGGAAAAAACCUUUGAGGACAGAGAUGAAGGGCUUCAGUGGCAACUAAGUUUAUGACAAGAGUGUUUAGCAUUUGCAAAUAAUAAGCUGAGUUUGCUGUAGUAUGUGGCACCUUGUUCAUAUGCUUGUACCCAGUUAUUGCUGGACUGCAGGAUGCAAACUGAACUUCAAGCACUUUUUGUUUUUUUUCUCAGUAUAAACACAAUUCUGUUGACAUUUAAUGACAUCCCUUAUGGCAUGCAGUUUUGGAACAGCAUAUAGGAAUGGUCUUGUAAAAAUCGUGGCCAUCUCUGCCUCUGCCCCUGCUGCCCAUUGGCACAGCAGCAAGCGCAGGAGGACCACAAAGGGGAGGGCCAUGUGGGUCCCCCUCUCCCUCCAGCAGCAGAAGAUGUGUGCUCCUCUGAGUGGGAACUGUUUGAGAACGAGCUCCAAACCUCAGAGCUAGAGCGGUCAACUCUAAUUAUCAGGUGUUUUGAGCAGCUCCUGUCCCGACUGCACAGCGACAGGCCUCUCCAUCUGAAGUGCAGCCAGAGAAGGAGAAGAAGAACUCUUGUGGCUCUGUCAAGCGUGGAGGCCAGGAAGAGGGGGAGAGAAACAUGGACACGUGCGCCUGCGCUUUGGAGCUGCUGGGGAUGCUGGUCUACGUUGGAGCAUGGCUGUGCGCUUUAACCACCACUAUCUUACCGCAGUGGCUGACCAUGAGCACUGCGCUGCUGCCUGUGGAGAGCUACGAGCUGGGCCUGUGGGAGACAUGCGUGGUCCAGGACGUUGGAGGGAUGGAGUGUAGGGCUUAUGACAGCCUGCUGGGCCUUUCCACAGACCUCAAGCUGGCCCGCAUCCUCAUGUGUGCUGCCCUCGCUGUGGGCAUGCUGGGAAUUCUCGUGGGAAUACCCGGACUCGACUUGGUCCACAGUUGUAAAGAGGACAGCGAUCAACAAACCAAGAGGAUUUUAAUUAUCACGGGAGGGGUGCUCGGGAUGGUUUCUGGGGUUCUGUGUCUGAUUCCAGUGUCCUAUAUGGCACAUAUAGCAGUGAUGCAUUUCUUUGAUGACAAAGUGCCUGACGUGGUGCCUCGGUGGGAGUUUGGAGACGCUUUGUACUGCGGCUGGGCAGCAGGAUUUCUCCUCGUAGUUGCCGGCGUGAUCUUGAUCACCUCUUCCUCGUGCUCUCAGGUGGAGCCUCAGCCUGUGCUGCAGCGGCGGUACCAGGUGAUGGGCACAGGUGUAAAUUACAGGAAGCGCACAGAGUAUGUUUAACAGAUGAUUUACCUGUGUAGAGACUGAAAUCACAACACAAUCACCUGUAGAACUGCACGUCGGACCGCUUUACAGCAAUGAUGUAAACCACCGAGACAACAUACGGUGUAAUAGUUAUUUUUAAAAAUGGAUCAAAGACGGUGACAUUUACACCUUGUUUCAGCCCUUUUACACGACUCACCUGCACAAUCAGACAUUAUAAGACGAUCUGCUGUGAUCAGUAAGAAUAAAUCUAUUUUAUAAAGAUAUGUUUUAUAAAAGGCCUUUUUAUCCAUUACUCUGGAGUGGUUUCAGAAUCUUUCUCUUACAGGAAAAAUAUAAUUUCAAGCCUGUUUAGCAGGACUCUUAAGCUUUUUAAAUGCUGUAAUUGUCAAUUAUUCUUAGUCUGUAAACAUACAGAAUAACUCUUAAAGCACAAACUAUUCUUGAGUUGCACACUGA